UGGAAAGCAGGGCAGUAGCGAGCGCGAGUGCGAACGCGAGCGCCGUGCUUUAUUUCUCUUUCUGACAGCUGUAUUAGUGCUGAUAAGCAGAGCUGGUGCUCCGACACUCCAACGAGCAGCCGGAGCAGAGCGGAGCGCGGAACAGAGAGAGCUGCACCUAGACCAGAGCCACCGAGACAACAGCAGCAAGUCUCUCUCUCUCUCUCUCUCUCUCUCCCCCCCCUCUCUUUUUCUUUCUGCUUUCUGGAGUUGCGAUCUCGUGUGUCAGAGCGCACGCGGAGCACGGAGGGGAGAGUUGUGCUUGCCGAGCAGCGGGGACCGAGACUUCUCGCCCGAGCGUCGACCUGGCUGCCCACAUGCCGAUCGAGUUUGUUUGCAAAAUCAAGUUCGCCGAGGAGGAUGAGAAGCGCAAAGGCAAACAGGAUGGAGAAGAGGCCGGCCUGCUGGAGGAGGGCGCCGGCCCCCCCACCCACACCCUGGCCCGCUUCGCCGGGUCCUGCUCUCUCCACGGGAUGAACCACAUCUUCGUCUCGGGCCGGCUGGGUGUGCGGCAGGCCCUGUGGGCGCUGGCUGUCGUUCUGGCGCUGGCGCUGUUCCUGUACCAGGCGGCGAAGUCCGCCAUGUCGUACCUGGAGCACCCGCACGUGACGGCGCUGAGCGAGGAGGCCAGCUCCGAGAUGGUGUUUCCCGCCGUCACCAUCUGCAACAUCAACCGCUUCCGGUUCUCCGCCCUGACUGACGCCGACAUCUACCACCUGGCCAACCUCACUGGCCUGCCGCCCAAGAACAAGGACGGGCACAAGCCCACGGAUUUGGAGUACCCUGCGCCGGACAUGCAGGACAUCUUCAACCGGACGGGACACCAGUUGGAUGAGAUGCUGAAGAGCUGCAACUUCAGCGGACAGAACUGCUCUGCCGAGGACUUCACCGUGGUUUAUACGAGAUAUGGAAAAUGCUACACGUUCAACGGCAACAAGACGAUGUCCAGGAAGACGAAGCAGGGGGGUAUGGGUAACGGCCUGGAGGUGAUGCUGGAUAUCCAACAAGACGAGUACCUGCCCAUCUGGAGAGAGACGAAUGAGACAUCUCUUGAGGCAGGGAUCCGGGUUCAGAUCCACAGCCAGGAUGAGCCUCCCUAUAUCCACCAGCUGGGCUUCGGAGUCUCGCCGGGAUUCCAGACUUUUGUGUCGUGUCAGGAACAAAGACUGACCUACCUACCCCAGCCAUGGGGGAACUGCCGUUCUACUAGUGAACAGGUCAUCCCUGGCUAUGACACCUACAGCAUCAGCGCAUGCCGUCUGCGCUGUGAGACGCGGAUGGUUCUGCAGGAAUGCCACUGCCGGAUGGUCCACAUGCCUGGAAAUGCAGAUAUCUGCACUCCCAACAAAAUUAAGUGUGUGGACAAGGCUUUGGCCCUGUUGCAGAAGGGCUCAGGAGACACAUGUCCCUGUGAGACCCCCUGUAACCUCACCCGUUAUGGCAAAGAGCUGUCCAUGGUGAAGAUACCCAGUAAGGGCUCAGCUCGGUACCUCUCCCGCAAAUACCACAAAACUGAGGACUACAUCAGGGACAACUUCCUCAUUUUGGAUAUUUUCUUUGAGGCUCUGAACUAUGAGACGAUAGAACAGAAGAAGGCCUAUGACGUUGCAGGGUUGCUAGGAGACAUCGGUGGACAGAUGGGUCUCUUCAUAGGUGCCAGUAUCCUCACAAUCCUGGAAAUUCUUGAUUACAUUUAUGAGGUGAUCAGACACAGGUUGGAGCGUUUGUUAAGACCUCAGCAGGAGAAGACACAGCAGCCGUCUCAGACACAGAUAGCAGGUGCCAGCGCUGUGGCCACGGUCCACCUGGAGGACAUUACAGUGAAGGACGACAGCGAGGUGAAGAGAGGGCACGAUGAGGGAGCGUAUGCCAACACCAUCCUCCCAAACCACCACCACCACCACAUGCAUCUCCAUCAGGGACGCCGACACGCACCGCCCUGCGACGACUUCACCUGCUAGGGACUGCUGUUCGCUACAACCACAGACUCUCUCUCCCUCUAUCCCUCUCUCUCCUGCUCUCUCUAGAUCUGUCUCUCUCCUGGUGUCGGAUCCAGGCUCUACAGGCCUCUGGAUCUCAGCUCUCCUUAAACGUCCUCAUCGUCACCAGUGGAACUCCAGUGACAGCUACAGCCAAAGUCGCUCUCUAACCCUGUGGUGUUGGCCACCACGCCACUGUCCACUAGGAGACAGUGUCCACUCACCUGUCCGUCCGUCCCGUGCCUGUUACAGCUGCUGGGACUCCUGUGAUCAUGGGCAGGCUGCCCUGGUGCCAGUUUGGUGCCAGUCCGUUUCCAGGGCUCAGGGUGUCGCCAGCCUGCGUUCCACAUGAGGUUAAAGCACUACGUUCUUUGUUUGGUUUCUUGUCACACGGUUUCCCUUGGAAAUUUACUCUCUGAGUACAAAUCAUCAUGUAAAAUAAUGUCGGUGAUUAUCAGACCACUGUAAUGAUGUAUUUUAGUCAUUUAUUAUUGACCCACAGACUCCAGAGACCGAGAGUGCUUACAGCACCGAACAUGAGCUCAGCGAAAGCUGUAGGACUGUAGAAGUGUGUAUCAGAUCAGUAGUAUAUAUCCAUUUCCACAGGAUACAUAUGCUAAAUGUUUUCUUUAUAUUAAAUGGUUUAUGAAUAAUUCCUUAAGGUA